GUUUUGUCACCUGUCACCUGCUUUGGCUGAGCCUGGGGCGGGCCAGGGACCGGUAUAAAGCAGCGGGUGCCUGCGACUGCCGCACCUCCGGCAUAGCUCCUUCCCGGGACUGUUCCGCGCCCUCCCCAUCCUGCUGGCCUCCACCAUGACACCCGGCUUCCAGGCCCCUCUCCUCCUCCUGCUCCUGGCAUCCCUGCAGCUUCCAGCUGGCACUGCACAGUCUACUGAUAUCUCAUCCUCGACCCCCAGCUCGGCCUCGAGCUCGACCACCGCCCCCAGACACCACAGCAGCUCGACCUCGACCACCACCCCUGGACACCACAGCAGCUCGACCUCGACCACCACCCCCGGACACCAUGGGGUCCCGACCUCGACCCCCAGCUCAGCCUCGAGCUCGACCACCACCCCUGGACACCACAGCAGCUCGACCUCGACCACCACCCCUGGACACCACAGCAGCUCGACCUCGACCACCACCCCCGGACACCAUGGGGUCCCGACCUCGACCCCCAGCUCAGCCUCGAGCUCGACCACCACCCCUGGACACCACAGCAGCUCGACCUCGACCACCACCCCCGGACACCAUGGGGACCUGACCUCAACCCCCAGCUCAGCCUCGAGCUCGACCACCACCCCUGGACACCACAGCAGCUCGACCUCGACCACCACCCCCGGACACCACAGCAGCUCGACUUCGACCACCGCCCCCGGACACCAUGGGGGCCCGACCUCGACCCCCAGCUCAGCCUCGAGCUCGACCACCACCACCGGACACCAUGGUGGCACAUCCCCAACACAUGUCCCGCCUGGCCACAGCGCCAGCACCGCUGCCAGCACCACUCACCGUGGCCCGGAACCUCCCACGUCCUCCAAUCGCAGCACUUCUCCCCAAUCUCUCAGGAUCUCCAUCUUUUUGCUGUCCUUUUCCAUUGAGAACCGUCAGUUUAACUCUUCUCUGGAAGAUCCCGGCUCUGGCUACUACCAGGAGCUGCAGAGGAACAUUUCUGAGUUGUUUUGGCAGAUUUAUAAAAAGGAAGGUUUUCUGGGCCUCUCUAAUAUCAAAUUCAGAGCAGGAUCGGUGGUGGUCGAAUCGAACCUGGCCUUCCGAAAGGGCGCCACUGAUGCCCGCAGCGUGCAGACACAGUUGGAAGAGAACAAAAAAGAAUUUGCCGCAUAUCACCUGUCCAUCUCGAAUGUCAGGGCACAAGACGUGUCGCUCCUUUCCUCCGGCCAGUCCGGGUCUGGGGUACCUGGUUGGGGCAUUGCUCUGCUGGUGCUGGUCUGUGUCCUGGUGGCACUUGCCAUCAUCUGUGUCAUUGCUCUGACGGUGUGUCAGUGCCGCCCAAAGAACUGUGGGCAGCUGGACAUCUUUCCGGCCCGCGACGCCUAUCACCCUAUGAGCGAGUACCCCACCUACCACACCCAUGGGCGCUAUGUGCCUCCGGGCAGCAGACCCAGCCCCUAUGAGGAGGUCUCUGCAGGCAACGGGGGCAGUGGCUUCUCGUAUGUGAACCCGAGCACAUCAGCCACUUCCGCCAACCUGUAGGAACGCGUUGCCACCGAAUGUCCAGAUGCCAGUGCCACGUGCCUCCCCCAGGCUCCUCACUGCCAGAGUCCUCUCCACUCAGGUCUGUGCCUCACUGGUGAGCUGGGAGUUCAGGCGGGCUGCUCACAGGCCCCACCAGGUCCCCUAACCCAUGUCAGCCCCGAUGAAGCCCAUGUGAGCCCCUUGGGGACAGGCAGGGGCUCCCAGGAGGACCGGCCCAGAAAGCUCCGGGAUGGAAAUGUGAACGGGACUGGGGCUGAAUAAAAGGGGAACCUCUUCUGUGCUGACUGCCA